AUGGCAGGCGCAAUCGUGAGCCAGACAUGGAUCCUCACCAAGAAGACGCUGCUCGUUGUCUUCGUUCGCCACUGGUUCUUCACGAGCGUGCGCGCUUUCUGGGCUCCCAUCAUAUUUAUGUUCUUCAUUACCUACGCAAAGAACUUCUUCGUCCCACCCUCCGAGUACGGCAUCGGCACCCCGUCCCUCAUACGCUCCUUCCCCAACGCGCUCAGUGCUGCCACGGGCGGCCGCGACAAGGUCGUCUUCGUCGACAACGGAUACACAGGUGGCGAUAUCGAACAGGUCAUUGGACAGCUCUCGACUCAGGUCCGUGAUGCCGGCCUACAACCCAUCACAAUCCAGCAAGACGUACAACUCCUCUCCACGUGCGAGAGCUCUUUGCGCGGCGCCAGUACGUGUUAUGGUGCCGUGUCCUUCCAUUCCAGUCCGAGCCAAGGCCAAGGCCAGAGCUGGAACUACACUAUCAGAUCGGACGGAGCACUGGGAGAGGAGAUCUACGUGGACCAGGACGACAACGACGUUCAGAUCUAUAUUUUGCCCUUCCAACGCGCCAUCGACCAGGCCAUCGCCUCCGUUGACGGCUCGGCGACUGUUCCCGACAUUGAUGAGUAUCCAUACACAGAGCGUACGCAGCAGGAAUAUGACGAUCGCAUCAGGACGCUGUACAUGGGUGCGCUCAUCAACAUCAUGGGCGUCGCUCUGUACAUUGGCGUAUGCGGUGUGACUUACCAACUAACGGGCCAAAUGGCAGAAGAAAGAGAACGUGGCAUAUCUCAGCUUGUAGAGGCAAUGUCUCCCGCCAAAAAAGCAUGGCAUACGCAGUUUGCCCGCCUUUUGUCAAUGCACAUUGCAUUUGAUAUCAUUUACUUUCCAGGCUGGGUCAUCAUGGGAGCUAUCGUCUGGGCAUUGGCUUUCAAAACAUCCAAUGCUGCCAUAUUGGUAAUAUUCCAUAUUCUCGCUGGCCUGUCCUUGACCAGUUUCUCCAUCUUCGGAGCCGCCUUUUUCCGCAAAGCCCAACUAUCUGGUAUCACCAUUGUCAUUGUCCCCAUCCUGCUGGCCAUUAUUGCCCAAGUCGCUGGACCCUUCAGCACGGGUGCUGUAUAUGUCCUGAGCUUGCUGUUUCCAUCCAUCAACUACGUCUUUUUCAUUAUUUGCGUUGCCCGCUUUGAGAGACAGCUUAUUGGUAUGAACCUUGUAGGAGCCGCACCGGAUUAUGAAGACCAUAUUUGGACCACUCCCGGCAUCGUGUUUUGCAUCUUCGCCAUCAUCCAAACUAUCGUAUACCCCUUCUUAGGAGCCCUUGUCGAGCGCUGGCUGUAUGGUACCGUGUCGGCUGACAGGAAGACUACGACUUCCUCGCAGGAUCACAACAUUAUUCUGACAAACUUUUCAAAGCAUUGGACUCCAAGUUGGUUCCGCAGAAACGUUCUCACCAAGUUCGGAGUAAAGGCUCCAGAGACAGUCAUCGCCGUGGAUAAUUUUAGCAUCAAAGCGCGUAAAGGUCAGAUCAUGGUCCUACUGGGCGCCAACGGUAGUGGAAAGUCUACCACCCUGGAUGCCAUCGCUGGUCUCAACUCGAUCACCAGUGGAGCCAUUGAGAUUGAUGGUACUGGAGGUCUUGGACUGUGCCCGCAAAAGAAUGUCAUGUGGGAUGAGUUAAAUGUCUACGAGCAUGUCCGCAUCUUCAAUCAGCUCAAGUCGACUGGAACUUAUGAUACAAAAGAGACCAUUGAAGACCUUAUCCGCGCUUGUGAUUUGGGACACAAAAUCAAGGCGCAGUCGAGCACGCUCUCUGGUGGCCAGAAACGGAAGCUUCAGCUUGCUAUGAUGUUCACUGGAGGGUCAAAGGUCUGCUGUGUUGAUGAGGUUUCGUCUGGUUUGGAUCCACUUUCAAGAAGGAAAAUCUGGGAAAUUCUACUUGCUGAGCGUGGCGACCGCACCUUUCUGCUUACUACGCAUUUCCUUGACGAGGCAGAUGUUCUCGCCGACUACGUUGCCAUUCUCUCUCGUGGUGUACUCAAAACCAAGGGUACUUCGGUCCAGCUCAAGCAUGAAGUGGGUGCCGGAUAUCACGUCACGUAUCCCAAGGACGCUCCGAUCAAACCUCCGGUAGACGCCAUCAAGAAGCCUGCACCCUCUGAGGGCAUGGUUCAGUAUCAGUUCGAGAACGCGCUGCCCGCUACCAGAUUCGUCGAUGUUCUUAGAGAUCAUGGGGUUAAGAAUUACGACAUCGUUGGCCCGACGCUAGAAGAUGUCUUCCUUGCCAACGCUGAGGAGGUAAAGGAAUACAACCUCAUGGAUGCCGAUCACGGGGAACAAACUGGAAGAACAGCAUCAGACAAAGACCUAGAGGUUCCUUCAGACCACAAUUCUGAUACUGACAAGAGAUUGGAGAUGGGCAAAGGCCGUGGUACUGGUCUGUUCAAGCAGAUGCUCAUCCUCGUACAAAAGCGUAUGACCAUCGUGAAGCGCAACUUCUGGCCAUACAUCUUUGCUCUGCUCCUCCCAAUUGUUGCCGCUGGUUUGGUCACUCUCUUCUUGAAAGAUUACGAGGCUGUGGGCUGUGACCCAGGAGCCAGCGCCAAUGACCCUACCAUCUUCUCACUUUCCAACGUGGACGACAUUCCUCUCAUUCCCAUCGGUCCGAGGAGUACCGUUGGCCCUGCUAUUGAUACCAUAAUCCAACGGACAGGCAUUCCCGAGGACAGCUUCUACGUCGUGGACACACUUGACCAGUUCAAUGACUUCGUCAACACACGGUUCCGCAACAUUACACCGGGCGGCUUCUUCUUGAACGAGAAUGGUCCGCCAGUCAUGGCGUACCUCGCAAAUGGCGGUGUCGUCGGCGGCCUCGUCACAUUAAAUACCCUUGACAACAUCCUAACGAACACCACCAUCUCAACGCAGUAUCAGCAAUUCGCUGUGCCGUUCGCUCCCAACAUGGGCGACACACUCCAGCUGAUUCUGUAUUUUGGUCUGGCCAUGUGUGUCUACCCUGCGCUGUUUGCCUUAUACCCCACACAGGAGCGACUGAGGAACGUGCGAGCGCUGCACUACAGCAAUGGUAUUCGGGCUGUACCACUGUGGCUGGCGUAUACUGCGUUCGACUUCUUGUUCGUGCUUGUCAUCUCUGCUGUCACCACAGGCAUCUUUGUAGCAGCUUCCGACGCAUGGUAUGCACCAGGCUACCUUUUCGUGGUUUUCUUCCUCUAUGGUCUUUGUGCAACUCUUUUCGCCUACUUGAUAUCCAUCGUCGUUACAUCGCAACUGGCAGCCUUUGCCUUUGCUGCUGGUGGCAUGGUGUCACUCUAUCUCAUUUACUUUAUUGGUUACAUGGCCAUUCUAACUUACGCGCCCGCUUACGCCAUCGACUCUUAUAUCGAGUACUUCCACUGGACCGUUUCGCUGAUCUCGCCAUCAGCAAGCUUGUUAAGGACGCAGUUGCUCUCUCUAAACUCCUUUAGCGUAUUGUGUGAUGGAAACCGAAUUCCAAGUUAUCCCGGUGCUUUGACUGUGUACGGAGGGCCUAUCUUGUACCUCGUCGUGCAAAUCAUCCUACUCUUCAUUGCCCUUGUAUGGUGGGAUUCGGGAUACCGACCAGCGUUCCUUAAUCGCGAGAAGAGUCGUCAGCAGCAUUCGGAGGAGACAGUGGACACCGUCCCUGCUGCUGUCGCUGCUGAAAUCACACGCGCUGAACAAAGCAAAGACAGUCUGCGCGCACUGCAUCUACAGAAGACUUUCGGAUCCAACCAUGCUGUCAACGACAUCACUUUUGGUAUCCCACAAGGUCAGGUCUUUGCCCUCCUUGGCCCUAAUGGCGCGGGAAAGUCUUCAACCAUUUCACUCAUCCGUGGCGACAUACACCCUACAACACACAUCAACGGCGGUGGUGAUGUUUUGAUCGAAGACAUCUCUAUCAUCAGCAAGCGUGCAGCGGCACGAGGCCAUCUUGGUGUAUGUCCGCAAUUCGAUGCCAUGGAUUCCAUGACGGUAACCGAGCAUCUCUAUUUUUACGCUCGCGCUCGCGGCGUGCCCGAUCCUAAAGCCAGUGUCGAGGCAAUUCUCCAAGCUACCAGUCUGGGGCGCUUCCACGACCGUCUCGCAUCCAAACUCUCGGGUGGCAACAAGAGGAAGCUCAGCUUGGGCAUCGCCUUGAUGGGCAACCCAUCGGUUCUACUGCUGGACGAGCCGUCCUCUGGUAUGGAUGCAGCUGCCAAAAGAGUCAUGUGGCGUACCUUGCUCGGAGUUGCGGCACCUGGUCGCGCCUUGUUGAUAACUACUCACUCCAUGGAAGAAGCAGACAAACUCGCCACCCGCGUUGGUAUCAUGAAGCGCAAGAUGCUUGCCCUGGGUACUGUCAGUGAUCUAGGAGAGCAGUACGGCGACGCUUGGGUCGUACAGCUUGUUCUCAAAUCUGCGCCCGAAACCACUGAAGAAGAGAUGGAGACUGUUAAGCAAUGGGUCCAGAGGAAGAUUCCUGGUGUUCAACUUGACAAAUGGGGCUCGCGAGGUGGAGGCCACGGACAACUCCGAUUCAAAGUUCUCAAAGCCGCCUCUUCCGAAUCCAGCGCAUUGCCCGCACAUGCUGAAAAUGCGAAAACUGGUAAGAUUACCGAAGCAGAGGUUCAUCAAGUCAACACUACAUCUUCGGCUGCUUCAGCAUCCGACCUCGGUGGCAUUCCUGGUCUUAUCCAGUUGCUGGAGACCAACCGCAAUGAGUUGGGUUUGGAGUACUACUCCGUUUCGCCUACCACCCUGGACGAAGUCUUCCUUCGCGUCGUUGGCGAAGAGGAGGAAGAGACGAGUGGGAAGAAGCCAGAGGGUACAAAGCGAAAUCAGUGGGGUCGUUUCGUGUGCUGCGGCUUGUGGGGAUAG